UGACCCUUCUCCUCCUGCGUGCGCUGUCCUAUCCGCUGUGCGCUCUGGACACUAACCCCCCCUCCUCCUCCUCCUCUCCUCUUCACCGCGCGGAGCUCGACGCAGACAGGCACAACAGAUGGUACAGUACUACAGGCUGCAGGAGCGCAAUAAUUUGAUGUAGAUGUACUUUUAUUUCUCUAAACUUCACAGGAACGCUUAGUAUAAUAGGAGUGGGGGGGGGCUCGACUUUGACAGUCACUGGAUCCUACGUUUAGAGGCGGAAUUUGGUGUCAAGACCUCUCAGCUCCACACUCCUCUGCUGGCCCUGCAAAGGUUGAAACAGCAAGGCUAAUAUGCUACAUUGCAACUUUAAUUAGUGCGGUCAGGAGUGGCCAUGCCAUUUGGCUGUUUAACAAUCGGGGAAAAGAAGGAUUAUAAUAAUCCUUCGGACGUGACGGAUAAAUAUGACCUGGGUCAGAUUGUUAAAUCGGAGGAGUUCUGUGAGAUAUUCAGAGCCAAGGACAAAACUACAAUGAAAAUGUACACAUGUAAAAAGUUCCUGAAAAAGGAUGGAAGGAAAGUCCGCAAGGCUGCGAAAAAUGAGAUCCUCAUCUUAAAGAUGGUGAAGCAUCCCAAUAUUCUCCAACUGGUGGACGUCUUCGAGACCAAGAAAGAGUACUUCCUCUUCCUUGAACUCGCAACAGGCAGGGAGGUAUUUGACUGGAUCCUGGACCAAGGCUACUACUCAGAGCGAGACACCAGCAACGUGGUGCGCCAGGUGUUGGAGGCUGUCGCUUACCUCCACUCCUUACGUAUCGUUCACAGAAACCUCAAGUUGGAGAACUUGGUUUACUACAACCGCCUGAAGCACUCUAAAAUAGUCAUCAGCGACUUCCAUCUUGCCAAGCUGGAGAACGGACUGAUCAAAGACCCCUGUGGGACACCAGAGUACCUGGCUCCAGAGGUGGUUGGCAGACAGCGAUAUGGCAGGCCUGUGGACUGCUGGGCAACAGGUGUCAUCAUGUACAUACUGCUGUCAGGCAACCCUCCUUUCUACGAUGAAACUGAUGAUGAUGAUUAUGAAAACCAUGACAAGAACCUAUUCAGAAAGAUUCUGGCAGGCGAUUAUGAGUUUGACUCUCCGUACUGGGAUGACAUCUCUGAUUCAGCUAAGAGUCUGGUUGCUCGUCUGAUGGAGGUGGAUCAAGACCAGAGACUGACAGCCCAGGAGGCCAUAAACCAUGAAUGGAUCUCUGGCGGUGCAGCUUCAGAUAAGAACAUCAAGGAAAAUGUGUGUGCACAAAUUGAGAAGAACUUUGCCAGAGCUAAAUGGAAGAAAGCUGUGCGGGUCACCACCAUCAUGAAGAGACUGAGAGCACCUGAGCAGAGUGACUCGAGGGCAACCAGCCCAGCAACUGGUGCCCCAGCAGACACCACAGCUCCCCAGGCUGCCACUGACCCCUCCGCACCUUCAUCUGCCGCGACACCCGAGGGAACGCCCGCUUCUGUCACAGAGCUCCCUGCCGGAGCGGAGAUAAGUCAACCGGCACCAGAGGCUGGAGCCGGGGUGGCAGCCUCAGCCGCUGAGCCACAGCAACCGAGCCCGGCGCCGCAGGAGGCUGUGCCCACAUUGCGUUGUAAUGGAGAAGCUUCGGCUGCUCUCCAUGCAGCCACUGAGGCCGGGGACGAGCAGGGUUAGACCCCCUCCCACCCCUCCCUGUGUGACCUCUGCAGUCCCCACCAACUCCUGCACACUGUACAUUAGCUGCUAGCAUGGUGACACUGACUCUGCUUCUCUCUCACUUGCAGCAUUAGUUUCAUCUCAUGGAGGCUGUGUGCUACCUUUCCUGAGUGCUGGCUUUCUUUUUACAUGUGUCUUUUUUCACUGACCCUCCAGUGUUUUUUUGUCAGAUUAUAUAAAUCUCCACACACUUGAGUUUUAGGGGCAAAAACAGAUUUGCUGUCAAACUGUGGCUUAUGGCUAAAGUCUUCUUUCUGAUUCUUCUCUUAGUGAUAAGAGAAUAUAGGAAGACAUAAUUGUGCUGAAAACGGCUUUGAUUCUUUUUAAUGAGCAGACUUGGGAAACUUCUCUCUGCCACUUUUGCAAUUACAGUGUUUGUUCUUAGAAUCAGUAGAAAAGUUUUGCUUCUGAAAUUUUGACCUUGUACCGUAAUACUCAGUAAGUGCUGGUCCUCACACAUGGAGAAGAUCACAUAUUCCCGUCACUGGGGAAAUAUGGUUAUCUUUCUUAUCUGUCUACACUAACCAGUUAUUGUGUGUUAAACAAUGGUGAGAUUGGUGACUGGGAGUUAUUAUGCCCAGUACUGUAUUUUGAACUAGGCAGCUUCACACAUAAGCACACACACAAACACUAUGUUCCUUUGCUAACUUCCUGCUCAGGAAAGAACCUCAUAGCUGUAAGUGUAAAGAUUCUGUACAUAGAGACCUUUGUAGAAGUAGCCAAAACAGCAUGCAUUCUCACUUUUUGCUGUUCAUUUUACAUUUACAGCCACUUGGUGGAUAAAGAUGCGCUACUGCCAACCUUGUCUUACCGUAGGCCACAGAACCCUCGCCUCUUGCCACAAGCCAUGUCGAGGCCAAUGUUCUUUUCAAAAGCAUUCUAUAAAUGAUGCUGUCUAUUACUACUGUUCAUUUAGCGCCCCUGCUAUCAAUGUAGGUUAUAUGGGAAAAAAACAGUCUUCAUUACAUAGCAGUUCUAUGCAUCCAAAUUAAUUUGUAGCUUUACUUUUUUAGAAACGUCUUUAUCCAUCAUAUGACAGAAAUUGGUUUUUCUUUUGCUAGAUUUCCAUCUACUUGUAUCUACUUUGGUUUAAUCAUGUCCUGUGUGUUAGGACAUUGACUCAAAUGCCACAUAUGUCUUAAUAUUUGGUUGUAACUGUAAAACAAAAUGUGCAUUAACUGACCACAUGCGGCUUUCAAGGGAAGACAUGCAUCAUUUUUGACCUUGUGGUAACUAGGGUCAUCUUCACCAACUCAGCUUUGCUGACCUGUAUUUCUGAACUUAUUGUUUAUUUAUUUAUUAUUUAUUUAUAUUUUUUAUUUCCAUAUCUCUUUUUGCUUUGGUUUUUUCAUUUUUGUUUUUUUUUACUCUCAUUUGUUUCUUCUAUAGACUUUUCAGCUUAUACUUGAUAAACAGUAAUAAUGAUCUAUCCUUUCCUGUCACUGAUCCCCUCGAGCAUUAAUAAUGAGCUACAGAAGGACUUCUCUGUAAUCACUCUAGAGGAAAUUGAGCAAUAUUCGACUGGCUGCAGAAACUGUGAUUCCUGGUGUCCUAUUGAUACAGUCCAUGUACCUGUAAGUAAAAGUCUUUAGUCCUUACCAGCUGUCAGGCCCAUCAGGGCCACUUAACUAACACAUGGCUGCUGUCAGAUAAGUGUGUGUGUGGGGGAGGGCGAAUAAGACCAUAUUUGCUCCUCUGGCCUGUGAGUCCCCACAUGAUUUCCUGUGCUAACACGCACUGAACCACGGGCCCUCAUUCCCUGGUCACAAAGACAGCGGCCACAUUGUCAAUACGAUUAUUAGAUGAUAUAAUUAAAGUAUAAUAUGUUAUGGCUUGUGCUCGGCCACUUUGUCUGACUCUACCCAAUCUGUUGUCAAGAGUAUUUACUGUGAACACCUGUGAAUUUCUAUGAAAAAGUGCACCUCAGAUAAAAAGGGGCUCUGGAUAAAGCUGAUCACAUUUAUUAUCCGUAGAAUCUCAAGUUUGACUUUGUUGUUGCAGAGUCUUUUGUUUAUACAUGUAUCUCCUUUUAAUUUGUGCUAAGGUAGAUUGGUAGACACUCCAAUCAUUCAGAUUGUAUGUACCACUAUAUUAUUUCUUGCAUUGUUUAAGAUAAAUAUUUAGAUUUUAACGAGAUGCUUAAACAGAAGAAUAUCAGAUUUUUUUUAUGUGAAUAGAUUAUUUCAUGUAGUCCGUUCUCUUUGUUUAGAUGGCAAAUAAAUACUGUUUAAAUACUGUUACACAAUUUAAAGCAAUGCUUUUUUCCAAUUCAUUUCUCACUGUAUUUAGUAUUCCAUGUCUGUUCAUUUUGCCAUGCACUUACAGGUGUAUUUGUAGAUGUGAUGUUUGCCAGGACCAGUGGUCACCUGUAGGUCCUGUCUUGCAUUUGUGAGCUUUGUUCUGUACUCUUUGACUGAGUUGAUGACUUUGAUGGUAAUAAAAUUCUACUUCAUCUGUU